AUCCCUCGUAGCACGUCCGUGGAGCUCGAGUUUUCUCUCUAUAAGAAGAGAAGCCUCCGCGGGAGCGGAAUAGCUAAGCAAACUCUCAGGUGCGCGUCUUCUCUCUCCUCUUUCUCUCGCUCCUGCCCAUCUCCGGGGCGCCAAUGGCGAAGCCUCGGAAGCAGAAGAACGAUGAGCAAAAGGCCGAGAGCUCGGGAGUAGUUGUCCUCCACCAGAAGCUCUGCGUCUCGGUCGACAUGGAGAAGAGAAGAAUAUUCGGGUAUACGGAAUUGAAAACCAUCGUCCCAGAGGAUGGGCAUAUGUCUUUCAAUGCUGAUAAUAUGAUCAUUACCAAUAUAUCUGUGGAUGGUGAACCAGUUGACUUCACGCAUUUCCCUCAUUAUCAAGUUAUUGAAGAGGAUAGUAUCCCUUCUGUAUCAUGCCCAAGCUCAGCUGCUGAUGUUGCAUGCUCUGUGUACAUAUCUUCCUUAGACAAAGAAAUGGUUCCCAAUCUACAUAUCUCGUAUGGUGGAUCAGGAAAGAUAAAUCAGCAACAGGAGAAAGACAAUGGUGAAAACUCUGCGCAGGACUCCAUCAGCCAGCAGCUAAAUUGCUACAAUGGUCAUUCAGAGGAUAAGAAUGUGAAGUUAGUUCGCAUUGAUUAUUGGAUAGAUAGGGCAGAAACUGGUAUUCAUUUUGCGGACAAUAUGUUGCUCACUGAUAGUCAAAUAAGGCGUGUUCAUUGCUGGUUUCCUUGCUUGGAUAACAUUUCACAACGGACUCUAUUUGACCUAGAGUUCACAGUUGAUGCUACUCUUGUAGCUGUCAGCAGUGGGGACUUACUUCAUCAGGUUUUAAGCAAAGAUGAUCCUCCCCGUAAAACUUUUGUGUAUAAGUUGAUCACUCCUGUUAGUGCAAAGUGGAUAACAUUAGUAGUCGCUCCAUUUGAAAUUCUUCCAGAUAAUCAUAGCAACAUUAUAUCACACAUCUGCCUGUCACAAGACUUUAAAAAGCUUCAGAAUACAGUUGGUUUUUUGCAUAAUGUAUUGAGUCAUUAUGAAGAUUAUCUUUCCACAUCCUUUCCCUUUGGCUCUUACAAGCAAAUCUUCAUCCCGCCUGAACUAACAAUAUCUUCUUGGAGCUUUGGUGCAUCCCUUUGCAUCUUUGGCUCUGAUAUUUUGUUUGAUGACAGUGUUAUAGAUCAGACAAUUGAUACCAGAAUUAAGCUUGCUCAUGCUCUUUCAAGGCAAUGGUUUGGAGUAUACAUCACUGCAGAUGAGCCAACUGAUGAGUGGCUACUAGAUGGCCUAGCUGGCUUUCUGACUGACACUUAUAUCAAGCGCUUCUUGGGUAACAAUGAGGCACGUUAUAGGAGGUACAAGGCUAACUUAGCUGUUUGUAAAGCUGAUGUUAGUGGUGCUACUGCUUUGAGCUCCUCUGCUGCUUCAAGUGAGUUAUAUGGGACUCAGCAGAUUGGUUUGUAUGGAAAGAUUAGGUCCUGGAAAUCUAUUGCAGUUCUUCAAAUGUUGGAGAAGCAAAUAGGCCCAGAAUCGUUUCGCAAGAUUCUUCAGAUUAUUGUGAAGCCGAAUGACUCAACUCGUUCCAUGAGAAAAGUGAGCACUAAAGAGUUUAGACAUCUUGCUAACAAAGUUGGAAAUUUGGAGCGCCCCUUCCUAAAAGAGUUCUUCCCACGUUGGGUGGAAUCCUGUGGAUGCCCUAUAUUGCGGAUGGGCCUCUCUUAUAACAAACGAAGAAAUAUGAUCGAGCUAGCUGUUAUUAGAGGGUGCACAGCGAAGCCAGCUUCAUCUUUUGCUGGUAGUCAAGAUGAUGAAAAUCGAGAAAGUGACAUUGGUUGGCCUGGAAUGAUGAGUGUUCGUGUUCAUGAACUUGAUGGAGUGUAUGAUCAUCCAGUUCUGCCUAUGGCUGGUGAGAUGUGUCAGUUGAUUGAAAUACAGUGCCAUGCCAAAUUAGCUGCAAAGCGUUUCCAGAAGCCAAAGAAAGGUUCUAAACCUGAUGGCUCUGAUGACAAUGCUGAUGGCACUUCAACUCAGGAUAUCCGCAGUGGUAUCGAAUCACCUUUGCUGUGGGUCCGAGUAGAUCCUGAAAUGGAAUAUCUUGCAGAAACACAAUUUUAUCAACCUGUUCAGAUGUGGAUCAAUCAAUUAGAGAAGGACAAGGAUGUUAUUGCUCAAUCACAUGCAAUUUCAAUGUUGAAAAUACUACCACAAAUUUCUUUUGCUGUUGUUAAUGCUCUUAAUAGCUUCCUAAAUGAUUCAAAGGCAUUUUGGAGAGUUCGGAUAGAAGCUGCAUAUGCGUUGGCACAUACUACAUCUUCGGAAACUGAUUUGGCUGGACUACUGCAUUUGAUUAAAUUCUAUAAGAGACGAAGAUUUGAUGCUGAUAUUGGUUUACCAAGGCCAAAUAACUUUCAUGAUGUUCCAGAGUACUUUGUUUUAGAGGCCAUCCCACAUGCAGUAGCUCUAGUUCGAGCAUCAGAUAAAAAAAGCCCUAGAGAAGCAAUUGAAUUUGUUCUGCAAUUACUAAAGUAUAAUGAUAACAGUGGAAACCCCUAUUCGGACGUGUAUUGGCUUUCUGCUCUUGUCAAAUCAAUUGGCGAAGUUGAAUUUGGUCAACAGGGCAUACUUCUUUUACCAUCCCUUCUCAAACGUAUUGAUCAACUGUUGCAAUUUGACAGGCUUAUGCCUAGUUACAAUGGGAUUUUGACUGUAAGCUGCAUUCGCACCUUAGUACAGAUUGCAUUGAAGAUGCCAAAUUCUUCCACUAUUGGACGCAUUUACGAACUUAUACAGCCAUAUAGAAAUGUUGAAAAGUCAUCAUGGAAGGUUCGAAUUGAAGCAAGCAGGGCACUUCUAGAUCUUAAGUAUCACAGCGAUGGCAUUGAUGCUGUUUUAACAUUGUUCAUCAACUUUUUGGAGGGAGAAACUUCAUUAAGAGGCGAGGUGAAGUUGGCUGUUCAUGUCAUGCAUAUAUGCCAGGUUGAAUUUGAAUCUGAGACAGAGAAACAAGUACAGUUGUCCACCAGCAUUGCUCUGCUUCGCCUGCUAACAAGCAGAAAAGCAUUCAACAACAUUUUCCUUCGCCACUACUUAUUCUGCAUUUUGCAAAUUCUUGCUGGAAGGUCUCCAACGAUUCACGGUGUACCUAGAGUUCAACUACCUGCUACAGUUAGCGCUGAAACUGGUAGCCAGCAAGUGACAAGACCUGUGCAUCUAAAGUUGAAGAUACCCAGGCCUCAGGAACCUGUUUCAGACAAUGGUAAAGCUCCUGAAGUUCUGCCUCCUGCAGAAACUAAUAAAGAGGGUGAUACUAUUUCUAACUUUCUGCCUCCUGCAGAAACUAAUAAAGAGGGUGAUACUAUUUCUAACUGUAGUGAGAAAAGGGUAAAUGUAAUCAAGAUUAGGGUUAGGCAACUUUCGUCAUCAAGUAAGGUGGAUGAAAUUGAUCAUCAUAUGGACUAUUCUCGAGCUUGUACAAACGAUGUUGAGUUAGGACCUUGCAGUUCUGUUUCUGUUGAUGCACCUGCAAGAGCAACUGAUCCAUUGAAUGUCAGCAACCAGAAUAAUUUGGAGGCAGAUUCUGCUCAUGAUCGUGGGUCUAGGAUGACUGCAAGCAUUGGCAGUGCAAAGAUAGCAAGCAUGGAUGAGCUUGGUAAAGAUUUGCAAUGUACUGCUGAUUCGAGGCUGGCUGGACUUUCGAAAGCUCAACUAUCUCCUACUGACUUUAAAGUUGAUGAGACAGUUGACGAAAUAGCUACUCUUCAGGAGCACCCAAUGCAUAGACUUGGAGUGGAAGCAACUGUCUCUCUUGAUAAUGAGCAACCUAGAGAAAAUAAGAAAUAUAAGGACAAAGAAAAGAAGCGGAAACGAGAUGACAAAGACAAGAAGGAUGAUCCUGAGUAUCUGGAGAAAAAGCGCCUUAAGAAAGAGAGAAAGCGGAUGGAGAAAGAAUUGGCCAAAAUGCAAAAGGAUGGAGAUAAAGUUUCUGAGUUGAAGAUAUCUCCUAGAAAUACUGAAUCAAGCAGCCCUUUUAUUGACGCCAAAAAGGCAGAGCAGAAUGUAGAAACUCAUGUGGUAGCCAGUAAAGAUAACAAAAGUGAGACAACUAAAGGAACCUUCCCAACUAAACUCAGAAUAAAGAUAAAAAGCAGAAAUACUGACAACUAGAAUCAAGCCACCGAGUGUAAUAUCUUAGCUAUGUAGAAUUACCAGAAGGACAAAGGAUGCUACAUGAUCGUAGAAGGUUUGCGUGGAGGGUAAACUCAAGAUGCUCAAAGCAAUUGCAGAGAUUGAGUGAUGAGCUUGUUUUCUUUGAAGGAUGGCUUUUAUGUUAUGGGCCUGCGGCUCCAUUCUUUUAGAUUCUCCAGAGAUUUGACACUUGCAUUUCUAACUAUAGCCGAUGCUCAAACAAUAUUCGUUGGAAUUUAUGAUCACAACCUACGGCCACAAGAUGUCUUUAGCAAUUGAAGGUUUCAACGUUGUCAUAUGUGUCCGCCUGGAUAUGUGUCUACAAUAAGAAAUUGUAGAUAAGGAUUAAACAAAAUAAUCAAAAUUAUAUAUAUAUAUA